AUGAAAGAUGGCACUGCAACCCUCGAGGUGCCACACGGCAAAACAUUCAAGUUGAAACCUCUUCAAUUCAAUGGUCCCUGCAAUUUCCCUUCGGUUCAUUUUCAGCUUGAAGGAAAUAUUAUUGCACCAAGGAACACCAAAGCAUGGAAGGGGCAUGACUCUGAAAGAUGGAUUGAAUUUUUGAACAUUGAUGGCCUUAUAAUUGAUGGAGGUGGACAAAUCAACGCCAGAGGUUCUGUUUGGUGGGAAUUUUGUAGAGAGAAUAGCUGUUCAAGACCAACUGCCUUGUUUAUUCAUAACUGCAAUAAAUUCCUGCUAAAUGGGACUCGUCAUCUCAAUAGUGCAAGAAAUCAUAUAUCUAUAAAUAGUUGCACUAACUCAAAAGUAUAUAAUGUCACUACGAUUGCCCCAGAAGAUAGCCCAAAUACAGAUGGAAUUGACAUUUCUCAGUCAAGCUACAUUCUAAUCCAGGACUCAACCUUUGCAACUGGAGAUGACUGCAUCGCCAUUAAUGGUGGCACAUCAUAUAUUAACAUUACUGGUGUAACUUGUGGACCAGGUCAUGGUAUAAGUGUUGGAAGCCUCGGAAAAAAACAAUCUUAUGAAGUAGUGGAACAUGUUCGCGUAUAUAAUUGCAGUUUCACGGGAACAACAAAUGGAAUGAGAAUAAAGACAUGGGAGGGUGGAUCUGGGUAUGCAAGAAAUAUCUCCUUCCAACAUAUCAUACUUACAAAUACCUCAAAUCCUAUAAUUAUUGACCAGAAAUAUUCAGAUCUAACAAAUGAAGGCAAAGAGCAGACAUCUGCAGUGCAAAUAAGUGGGGUGACAUAUCGGGAUGUGAAGGGAACUUCUCAAAGUGAGAUAGCAAUUAUUUUGGAUUGCGGGGGCGUUACAGGCUGCACUGAUAUCUUUAUGGAUUCAAUUAACAUAACAGCAACUUCAUCAGGAUCAAAAGUUCGUGCUUCCUGCAACAAUGUUCAUGGAUUUACUACUUUUACUUCACCUCCCGUGCCUUGCUUGUCAUAA